AUGGAUGGGUGGGUGGGUGGAUGGUUUGCUCAUUUGCUUGUUUGUUUGCUUGUUUGCUUGCUUGCUCAUUUGCUCAUUUGCUCAUUUGCUCAUUUGCUCAUCCAUCGAUUCAUCGAAUUACCACAGUUCCUUCACCCAGAUGACGUGGAAUCCAACGGCAGCAUCCUGAUUUAUCGCUCCGAAGUCCUCCCAGACAAUCGCUGGGCGCCCUUCGAGAUCGGCGUCUCCCUCUUCUGCAACAACGACUUCAGCCGUCCCAUCAUCAUCUCCGUCUACCAAUACGCCAAGAACGGCAAGCACGUUCUCCAAGGAUCCACUCGCACCAACACCUCCGACUUCUGCAAAAGUACCAACCUCCAGCUCCAACUCUGCAACGGCGCCUCGAACGGAUCGAUCUACGUCAGCCAAGCAGCGUGUAUCACGCAGCCGAGCUUCCUCCAGUUCGUCAAAAGCGGCCUGGAUCUCAACUUCAUGGUGGCCAUCGACUUCACCGCGAGCAACGGGAGCUACGACGCGGUCGGCACGCUGCACUACUACAACACCGAAAGCUUCCGUCGCGGAAAUCUGAACUCGUACGAGAAGGCGAUCACGCUGGUGGGGAACGUGCUGGAAUACUACGAUACGGAUAAAAAAUUCCCAACGUAUGGGUUCGGAGCGUGCAUCGAUCAAUCGACGACCACUUCGCAUUGCUUCGCGCUGAAUCGCAACGAAGACGAUCCCGAAGUGGAUGGCAUUCGCGGAAUUCUCGACGCCUAUCACGCGAUCAUUCCGCAAAUCCGCUUCAAAGGACCCACGUUGUUUUCGAAUGUGCUGAAGAAAGCCAUUCAGUGCGUUUUGCUGGCUGCGCUCACGCGUAGAAACGCAGUCGAUAUCCAGGAAGAGAAGUCCAAGUAUUUGGUGCUGCUCAUCAUCACGGACGGGUGCAUCGACGAUUUCGACUCGACGACACAAUUGAUCGUCGAUGGCGCUGAUUACCCGCUUUCGAUUCUGAUUGUGGGCGUGGGAAGUGCCAACUUCGAAAAGAUGGAUGUUUUGGAUGGGAACGACAAACGACUCAGUUACGGGGGAAAAGUGGCUUCCCGCGACAUUGUGAAAUUUGUCGCACUCAACGCGAUUAAGGACCGAACGCCGCAGGAAAUCGCGAAAACGCUGUUAGAGGAGAUCCCGAGACAGGUCGUGGAUUAUAUGAAAGCGAAUGGAAUCACGCCUGAAUUGAUUGCGGAUCUGAAGUCGAAAGAGACGGCUUCAACGGUGUAGAGAUGAGAAGAAGGGGGAAGGGACUAUAUGGUAUUUGUAGCAUUCAUUGU